AUGGAAUCUCUGAAACAAGCUUCUUCAUCUAGGUUCUGCUACCAUCAAGGCUUCUCAGGCGUUCUCCAAGUGUUUGUUCACAACGCAAGAAACAUCCACAACAUUUGCAUCUACGAUAACCAAGACGUCUACGCCAAAUUCUCACUCACAUACAAUCCUGACGACACCAUCUCCACAAGAAUCAUCCACAGAGCUGGCAAAAACCCUGAAUUCAACCAGAAGCUCAUGAUCGAUGUGACCCAGAUCGAUGCUGCGGUUCUCAAAUGUGAGAUCUGGAUGAUGAGCAGAGCCAGACAUUACAUGGAGGAUCAGCUUCUUGGUUUUGCUCUUGUCCCAAUCUCAGACAUCAUAGGCCAAGACAGUGUCACUCAAGAUUACAGUCUCUCCUCCACUGAUCUCUUCCAUUCACCUGCUGGUACCGUGAAGCUCACGCUUUCCGUUGUAAACCCUUCUCUUGUUCCUUCUUCUUCUUCAUCAUCAUCAUCCAAUCCCAAGAUUAACACUUCGAUUUCUUCUGAGGUCGUGUUGCUUGACCCACAAGUCUCUGAAACAGUGGAUUACACGAGGAUCGAGUUCCCUGACAUCAAUGUUGUCAACGAGAACAAACAGAUGGUUACAGAGUAUUUCAAUGGAUUGAACCACAGAUCCGGAACCGCUUCUUUUCUCUGUCUCGGCUCGACACAUUUGCCGGAAACCGACAUAACAAUGGUCUGCUUGGAAGACAAAGAGGUUUAUGGGAAUGGAAGCUUUAUGGCGUCUUCUUCAACUACAACAAGCCUAAGCGACGACAAGAACACAGCGAACUCAAACGAGAAAGACAGUCGAGAGAUGACAGAGGUAUCAAGAGGAAGAAGCAAAGGAUUGGAAGAAGAAGAUCAGUACGAAGAAGAGAAGAAGAUGAAUGUGGAAACGGAGGAAACAUCGAUGCAGAAACAGAUAGCAGAGAUGUAUAUGAGAAGUAUGCAACAGUUCACUGAUUCUUUGGCAAAGAUGAAGCUUCCCAUGGAUCACAACAACAACAAUAACACUGAAACUCACAUUCAGAAUAAUAAUGCUAAUAACAAUAAUGGAAUUGAGAAGAAAAAAGAAGGAUCUCGUGUCUUUUACGGUAGCAGAGCCUUCUUUUGA